UAAAAAAAAAUAAAAUAAAAAUAAAGGAGUAUAAAAUGAGUAGUUUACUGCCUUCAACAACAAAAGUGGACAGCCAUUUAGAUGAUUUGUUUAAGAAAUCUGCCGGUAAAAGUGAGAUAGCUAUUAAGCCUAUUCUUACAGAGCAACUUGUUGCAAAAGCUACCAAAAAAAAUAAGAAUCAAGAAAAGAAAGAUGGUCAAAGAGCAUAUUUAGGUUUUAAGAAAGCUAAAGAAUUGAUUGCUCAAAAGAGAAAAGCAGAAGAGGAGGAAGAAAAUGAAAAGAAAAAGAAAGUUAAAAAGACAUUAACUCCUGAAGAACUUGCUGAAAAGGAAUUACGAACUGUUUUUGUUGGUAAUUUGACGACCGAAUGUAUUGAAAAGGAAGGUUAUAAACAAUUAAAAGCACGCUUUGCUGAAUGUGGUAAAAUAGAGUCGAUUCGUUUUAGAUCUAUUGCCUUUGCUCAACCUAUGAAUCGUAAAGCUGCUUUUCUUGCCAGAAAACUUCAUCCUGAUAGAGAAGCUUUAAAUGCUUAUAUUGUAUUUAAAACAAAGGAGUCUGCUGAUGAAGCAUGUAAAUUAAAUGGUAUUGUAUUUAUGGAUAAGCAUUUACGUGUAGAUGGUGCCUCAAAGAGUAAACAACAUGACCGUAAACGCUCUGUCUUUUUGGGCGCUUUGCCAUUUGACGUUGAGGAUGAAGAGCUUUGGGAGUUUUUCAAAGACUGUGGAGAGAUCGAAUUUGUAAGAGUGAUUCGAGAUGCAAAGACUAAUAUUGGUAAAGGCAUCGGUUAUGUGCAAUUUAUUGAUCGUGAUAGUGUUGAGGCAGCAUUAGCAUUAACUGAUAAAAAGUUCCGUAAAAAGACAAAGAUUCGCAUUCAACGUUGCAAGAUACCCGUAUCAGAAGGUGGUGUACGAGAAACAAAGAAAACUAAGCAAACAAAAGGCAAAAAGCCAUUUGGCAAGUCUAACAAGUCUGGUAAGGCUCUACCAACUGCUAAACGAUUUGAAGGUACUCGUGCUGUAAAGGAUAAUGGUAAAAAGUUCAAAAUCGUGAAGACUAGCAAAAAAAGAAUCGUUAAAAAGAGCGGCAAAAAAUAAGCUGAAACCUUUAACGCAGUUCUCAAAAAAAAAUUUUUCUUCCGCCAUUUAGAGUCUUAAUAAAUAAAUAAAAAAAUUUUUAUGUAAUUUUCUUC